UAAAGUGCAAUUUGUCCUCUCUUCUCUUUUCUCUGAGAAUUAUUAGGCAAAUCUUAAGUACCCUUUCGGAGAUCUCAAGGGUCUUGCCCCUCGAUGUUUCCCAAGUUGUCUCAGCGUCUGUAUUUCUCCUUCAAAAACUCUGACUCCUCCCACUUUUCGUUUCUCUCUCUCUUUCACAUAAAUACUCUAUCUUUUUCUGCCUUUGUUUUCGUGAUUCAACAAAAUUAAAGAAACAGAGAGCUUAUGCAGCAACGAGUUUUAGUAGAGAUGGCAACCUUUUCUUCAACGCAUUGUCCUUCAUAUUCUUAUUCUUCAUCUAUAAAGGGAGGGCAAAAUCAACACUUUGCUUUCUCUUCUUCUUUUCUGAGAUUGUCUGUUCCAGCUAAAGCCAAGUUCUUUCUUCAAUCUCAAACAAGUUCCUAUCAAAGUGCUGUUCUCAUGCAAGAUGGUGCAGUGGCCACAAAAGUUAACCCCGUGGAAAAAGAAACUCCUCUCAAGAAAUUGAAAAAUGAAUUGUUGUCAGUUACAUCUUCAGAGGAAUGGGAUGAGAAAGCAUGUUUUGAUAUCAAUGAAAAUGAGUCAACUGUCAGUAUCACAGUGGUUGGAGCUUCUGGGGACCUUGCAAAAAAGAAGAUAUUUCCUGCGCUUUUUGCACUCUAUUACGAAGACUGUCUUCCUAAGCACUUUACCGUCUAUGGUUAUGCCAGGAGUAAGAUGACUGAUGCAGAACUUAGGAACAUGGUGAGCAAGACCCUUACCUGCAGAAUUGAUAAAAGGGAGAAUUGUGGUGAAAAGAUGGACCAAUUUCUUAAAAGAUGUUUCUACCACUCUGGUCAGUAUGAUUCUGAAGAAAAUUUUGCACAGCUAGACAAGAAGCUCAAGGAGCAUGAGGGUGGGAGGGUUUCUAAUCGCCUAUUUUAUUUAUCUAUCCCUCCAAAUAUUUUUAUCGAUGCUGUGAAAUGUGCAAGCUUGUCAGCUUCAUCCGGCAAUGGUUGGACCAGGGUCAUUGUUGAGAAACCUUUUGGUCGAGAUUCAGAAUCUUCUGCUGCACUGACAAAAGCCCUGAAGCAGUACCUUGCAGAGGAUCAAAUAUUCAGGAUAGACCACUAUCUAGGAAAGGAACUUGUGGAAAAUCUAUCUGUUCUCCGUUUCUCCAAUCUUAUUUUUGAGCCCUUGUGGUCAAGGCAGUAUAUUAGAAAUGUACAGUUGAUAUUCUCCGAAGAUUUUGGAACUGAAGGACGCGGAGGGUAUUUUGAUCAUUAUGGAAUUAUUAGAGAUAUAAUGCAGAAUCAUCUGCUUCAAAUACUUGCUCUCUUUGCUAUGGAAACCCCCGUGAGUUUGGAUGCUGAGGAUAUAAGAAAUGAAAAGGUCAAGGUAUUGCGGUCAAUGAGGCCUUUGCAACUUGAUGAUGUAGUUAUCGGACAGUACAAGAGCCACACUAAAGGAGGCAUUUCUUACCCUGCCUACACUGAUGACAAUACUGUGCCCAAAGAUAGCUUGACUCCAACUUUUGCAGCAGCUGCUCUCUUCAUAGACAAUGCAAGAUGGGAUGGGGUGCCUUUUCUAAUGAAAGCAGGAAAAGCAUUACACAAUAAGAGGGCAGAGAUAAGGGUACAGUUCAGGCAUGUGCCUGGCAAUUUAUAUAACCGAAACUUUGGAACUGAUCUUGAUCGAGCUACAAAUGAGCUUGUCAUUCGAGUGCAGCCAGAUGAAGCUAUUUAUUUGAAGAUCAAUAACAAAGUCCCUGGGUUGGGAAUGAGAUUGGACCGCAGUAACCUAAACCUUCAUUAUGCUGCGAGAUAUUCCAAAGAGAUCCCAGACGCAUAUGAGAGGCUUCUGCUGGAUGCUAUUGAAGGUGAGAGGAGGCUGUUUAUCCGAAGUGAUGAGCUGGAUGCUGCCUGGGCGCUCUUCACUCCUGUUUUGAAGGAGCUGGAAGAGAAAAAAAUUAUACCCGAGUACUAUCCAUAUGGAAGCCGUGGCCCUGUUGGGGCUCAUUAUCUUGCAGCGAGAUACAAUGUCCGGUGGGGUGAUCUUGGUGUAGACCAGUGAGGUACAUUUCAACAUUGCGGUCGGCAUGGGAUGGGAUUCUCGGAACGGAAAGCUUUGCUGUAUCUACAUAAAGCUUGCCCAAAAUUUUUAACUGCUACGAAAUCCACGUUUUAUUUAUCAAUACGGUGCCAAUUAGCUAGGAGCAUGCAGUUGUGCAAGCAAAUGUAAUCAACAAGGGAGAGAUGGAUUGUCCUUCCGAUUCUUGUAUUAAAAAUGUGAUUUUUGCAUUGAUACUUUUGCAGGGUUAUCAGUUUUGCUAAAUCUACAAAGCAUAAAAUUCCCAAGGAAA